AUCUUAAUUGUUUAAAUAAUUUUUACAGAGCUCUUGAUUGCAAUCGCUAGGAGAAUCUUUUGAAAAGUCACCAUGAACGUAAAUAUGGGCAUAUCACCUGGAAAUGUUGUGAUGUUCCCGUCAUUGGGAGAUGACGAUUUAAUGCCGUUAUAUACAAGUUUACAAAAUUUAUCUGAGGGCACCGCACAAUUGCGUGCAUCACUUUUGGCAUUUCAAAACGAACAAAUCAUCACUAAUAAUAAUUUUAUUAAUGACUACCAAGGCGGUUUGGAACCAAUGGAUAUUCCUUCAGCGGAUACAUUGUCAUUAACCGAACGCAAAAACGGUUUAAUUGUGAACGUGGGUAACCUGCUUAGAGAAUAUGGUGUUAUUCAAGAUCAGCUGAUCGGUGCAUUGAAAGUUUGGCAACGGAAGCAGACAUUAGCUGGCAAUGGUGCACCGUUUCCAACCAAUUUAGAUGGUAUACAGUUUGUUGUAGAGACCUUAAUGGAUCGCAUCACAGACAUUACUUUAUUUAUAAGUACUCUCUUGCAUUUGGAAGAUGAGCCAACUCUAAACGAGUUCUUGAAACAUGCACAGGCCUUACAUCAAAUACUCAUAGUUUCAACAUUCAUCGUCGAGAAGCAACCGCCGCAAGUGAAGAAAAAGGGGACAAAACUUUCGGCAACUGUGCGCUGGUUGAUCGGUGAUAAAUUGGGCAUUUACUUGAGCAAACCAGUUGUAAAAUGUGAAAUACUCUCAGAGGCUCUAGCAAAGCGACUUACAAUUGAGAAGCUUCCUAUGCCACCAGAGUGUAAUGGUAAAAUGACGGGAAAUGAGUGCCAAAUGGAAUUCGAUGCUAAUAAUCGGAGUUUUUCAGCAAAUUUUUCAAAUCUUAUAAUCAACGACAUCAAACGCUCCGAGA